CGGAGAUUGAACCACUACCUCCCUUAUUAUGAACCUGCCACAAAUAUGUCUGGCUGGCAUGAAACAAGAAUGAAAACGGUCCUGUUCCUUCCAGAGAGACCAAGAGGAAGCCAAGGGAAGGCAACUUCAAAGGGCAGCUUCAGCUGUGAUGGAUUAGUGCUUCCUGACAUUCGGACAGCUACCAGCCUCCCAUCGGUCACCGUUUGGCCUUUCUUUCUAGCGGGAAGAGGACGGUAACAGCUCUCUCUUCCCUCCUGCUACCAGAAAUUUUGGAGGCUUCUGUUUUGAGGAGCAGUGAAUCUGCCUUGAGCUUUAUUAUUUCAGACUUGAAAGGAGACAUCCAAGAUGUUGAUGAUGUUAUGUGCCAUCAAAUUGGCUUUGACUUAUGGCAAACCUAUGACUUCCAAGAGGCCUGGUCAUCCCCUGUUCUGCUCAGGUCUUGAAAACUUAGGACAGUCAGGACUUCCUUGCUUGGUUCAUAGACUCAUAGAGUUGAAAGAGACCGCAAGGGCUAUCCAGUUCAACCCCCUUCUGCCAUAUAGGAAGACCCAAUAUAAGCCAUCCCUGUGACAGAUGGCCAUCCAGCCUCUGUUGAAAGACCUCCAAAGAAGGAGACUCCAACAUUUCCCAAGGGAGUGGCUUCCUUUUCAGUGAGGUCACAGGCCUCUUUAUAGGCAAAGGACAACGGAUUCCUCAAGAAGUCUCCAUGUUUUUACAUCAGGAACAUUUUGCAUGCAAUACGGCAGACCUUGUUGUGGCCUCUGUUCCUUGGCCUGUGUGUUUUUGUACACAUUUGUUUGGCUCAGAGGCAGGGAAAGCAGACAGAGGCAGAAGAGGAGAGCGCUGUUGGAUUAAGGAUGGAGCAAGGAAGACAAAUUGUGGAUGAACACGAAGCUCAGUUGCUGAACCGAAGCUCUUGCAUGUUCACGUUUCACAUCCCUUUGCCUGAGAGCCUCUGCACACCAGUGACCCAGGCGUCCCUGCCGGCUUCUCAGGAGGAUCUGGACCACCUCAAGAUAUUGGUGGCAGACACUGGAGAAGUCCUCAAGACCCUUCAUGAAGCUGCAGUCCUAGAAGUGGGCAAGUCCAGGUACCAGGACCUUAUUUCUGAAGCCCUUCCUGACGUGAGAGAGGCCAACGUGGCGUUUCACGAGGCCCUGGGGAAAUUCUUGCAGGAUCUGGAGGAUCAUACUGAAGUCAGUCAUCAAUCUCACAUGGAGGAUGAGAAAAAGAAGCUAAAAGAACACUUGAGGAUGAUGGACCACAUGCUUCGGGUCACCAACCACCUUGCCCAAGAGUUGGACCAAAUGUCCCAAAACGUCUUGGAGACCCUGACCAAACCCUUGGAGAAGACCACAGUGCUGAUGUCUGGCAGUCCUCUGAGGCCAUUUUAGCCAGGAGCACAUUUCAGCUGUGAAGAAAUGUAAAAGAUCUUAGUUUAUAGCCUGGCUGCAGUGACAUUGUCCAUUUCCAUGCAUGUAUUUUUCUGAUGUCCAAGGCACAUGGUGUACCAUCCUCGAAUCCCAAGAAACCCCCCAUGGGUUGCAAUACUAAACAUUGCAGCAUGCUGUGCUGCAAUGUGGAAAACAUUGGCGAAGAGGAGAAAUGUAAUGACUUGGUAGCUGUAAUCCUGUGUUUAGUUUCCAUUAAAUCCCAUUAUAUCAAUUGCAGAGUGGUGAAACAACAUAUGGGUAAAUCUCAUUGCUUCAAUGGCUUUAACAAUAAUAUUUAAGUCAGUUUUGUCUUCAAUUAAUUUUUUUGUGCACUGUUCCCAAUUGGGAACACACAAAGCUGCUCAGAAACUUAACUUGUUUGUACUACAGCUCCCAACAUCCUCCAAGCUGAAAGGAUUUUGGUAGAUCUCAUUCCAAAAGUAAACUUUUCUCUAACAGUGUCCUUUGCAAAGAUCUACAGGAAGUCAUCCAGAAAUAGACUGGGGAUGAAAAAUUAAUGAUAUAUUACUGUAUAUACAUGACUAUACAUUGACUUCAUGUAUAAGUCGGGGGUAGGUUUGGGGGCCAGAAUUAUGGAUUUUGAUAUGACCCAUGGAUAAGUUGAGGGUAAAACUUAGGGGCAUGGAUCACAAAGGAUCUAAAGGACAAAGCAAAGGAAACCACUGCCAAAAAACUUAGAAACUUCCAGCUGGCACAGUUGUUUGUGUUGAGACUAAAGGCUGCCUGAGGGAGUAGAGAGUAGAUGUGGGCCAGUGCUUCCAGGACAGAUGAUGCUCUUGCCUUUCGCCAGGAGAUAGAUCCUUUUUUAUAAUAAGAAUUAAAGUACACCACUGAUAUUGACCCAUGGAUAAGACAACUCUGUUUUUGGGGUCAAUUUUUAGACUAAAAUUUCUAGACCUAUACUAUACAGUAAUUAAUUUUUUAAAAAGUAAUUUACAAAUUAAAGAAAAAUGAUCAGCAACAUGUUUCUCAAGUGUUGAGACAUCUUACUAAGAAAACUGGGCUGCUGAGAGUUUUUUAUAGUCAAAGGCUUAUUCUGUGAAAUAUUCACAAAGCAUUGUUUUAUGUACAGAAAAUAAGCAUUUCCUGCCAAAGAAAGAUAAUUUUCUGCAUGGAAGAUAAUAUUCCCAUGAAGAAAAUGCUGUUUCCUCUACAGAAAACCGUGUAGUUGGGGAUUUAAGCAAUAUCACAUUCAGAACUGAUUGUUUUGUACAGAAAACCGUGUUUCUGCCCAGGAGACAGCUUUUCCAUGUGGAUAAUAAUAAGUGCUGAGUGUUGGACUAUGACUCUAGAGAUCAGGGUUCGAUUCCUGGCUUGGCCAUGAAAACCCACUGGGUCACUCUGGGCAAGUUACAAUCUCUCAGCCUCAGAGGAUGGCAGUGGCAGACCCACUCUAAAGAAACUUGCCAAGAAAACCCUGUGAUACGUUUGCGUUAUGGUUGCCAUAAGUUGCCAACACACAAACACAUAACUAUUCUUAUGAGUUAAACUGCUGGCUUGUUCAGUUACAUUUGCAAUCUUACAGUAGCUUCCUAGAAUCAUAAGAACUGGAAGUGACCCCAAAGGCCAUAAAGUCCAACUCCCUGAUUCUGCCACCCCUGAAGACACCAUGAAAGCCCUCCGUGGGACAAGUGACCAUCCAACCUCUGCUUAAAAACCUCCAAAGAAGGAGAUUCCACCAGCCUAUGAGACAGUGUCUUCUACUGUUGAAAAGCUCUUACCAUCAGCAAGUUCUUCCCAAUGUUUAGCGUAUUUCUGCUAUAUUUGCAUGACAAACUUUUCAUAUGCAAACAGGUUUAAAUUACAGUGACUGCCAACUAAAAGGUAGCUUAGGAUGCUUUGUUGUUUGACUCGUGGCAACUCUGCUGAUGAAACAUCUCCAAGACCCUCGGUCCUCCACUGCUCUUCUCAACUCCUGCAAACUG